UGAUUAUUUUGUCUGCUCCCAUUUCGUAAUUGUCAACUGACAAUUUAAGUUUAAAUGUCAAAAUGUUAAGGUAUUUGAUACUAGCAAUAGCCACGUCUUGUUUCCAAUAUGGAUCACUGGCAGCAGAUGUUGACCAGCUUCAACAGGAGGUCAAUAGUUUGAAGUCCCAGAUGGGCCAGUUACAACAAACCAUACAGCAAAUGCAAACACAGCUCAAUGCAUCAUCUGCGCUCGUUCAUUCUGUACCACACGCACAACCAAUUGCUUUCACUGCACACCUGUCCAAAACAAUCGUAAGCAUUCAAGAACACCACCAUGUUAGCUUUGACAACGUCAUCACAAAUAUAGGUGGAGCGUAUAAUAAAGAAACCGGUCAUUUUGUGGCACCCGUGUUCGGAACAUACGCCUUUUUUGUUACUGCAACAAAUACGCCUGGUCACUCAACAUCAUUGACUUUGAUGAAAAACGGCCAAUGGCAAUCGGUAACAUUGGCACAUGGAACAGCUUCUACUCCAUCGCAGUGGGAAACCAGCACGAUGUGUGCUAUGUUGUUGCUUAAUGAGGGUGACGAGGUUUGGGUUCAAAAUGAAUCUAAGUUCUCAACAACAGAAGAUCUUGAUGGAUACAAUUAUUCAUCCUACUCUGGUUUUCUAAUACAACGUCUGUAAUUGUACGAUUAAAUUUGGAAGUAAAGAGUUACAAAAUGUACAA